UCUUGGUUUGGUUUACUCCCUUAAUAAACUUAAAUUCGAAUCUCACUCCUAACUGAACCAGCCGGUUUAUUGAAUAGCUUAUAAUUAAAAUCAAUUAUUGCUUUAUAUACUCUUGAGUUGCCGACUGGAAAUUUAUUACACGCCAACCGGAAAUUUAUUAUACGCCAACUUCUCCUCCUGUUCCUCUCCUUGCCCACGGCUUUUGCUUGACUUGCAAGCAGCCCAAUAUGAAUGCCCUUCAGUUUUGAGCGUUGACAAUGGGAAGCAAUCCAAUUCCUAUGGAGAUUGACACAACUUCUAUGGAGCAGAGCAAUAGGAUGGAGUUUGGCAUGCGCAUGGCUGGGCAUUUGAUUCUCAAGGAAAUCAAGAAUGGCUGCAAAAGUAAUCUGGUACUGUCUCCACUCUCUUUACAUGCUAUGUUGAACUUGGUGGCUUCAGGCUCCACUGGACGUACAUUGCAGCAGCUGCUUAGCUUUCUUGAAUCCGAAAGCAUUGGCGAUCUCAAUUCUCAAUCUUCACAAAUGAUGGCUCUUGCAACAACUGGCCAGGAAUUUCUUGAAUCUGAAAAUGCUAGUGAUCUCAAUUCUCAGUCUUCUCAACCAACUAGGGAAGAAGCAUCUUCCAGGAGCAGCAAUCAAUUGCGACAUGACCCAUCUGUAUUUUGGUUUCCUUUUCAUCACUCUCCAACAUUGAGCAGUGUUGAAUUUGAUAACCCAAUCAAAGGAAAAUCAUCCUUAUUUUCAAGCACGCAUGAGUCAACCUCGUUUCCAUUUUCUUCUGCUAACGGAAAUGCAGGAUCUUUCACGGGCAGCAAUCAAGGGCCGAUCAUAUCUUUUGUAAAUGGAAUUUGGGUGGAUCAUCGGUACCCUUUGAAGCAUUCUUUCAAACAGGUGGCUGAAGAUAUUUACAAGGCCAAAGCUGAAAAUGUUGACUUUCUGACCCAGGCUGAGGAAGUAAGAAAAGAAGUGAAUCUUUGGGUAAAAAAGGCAUCAAAAGGUCUCAUCAAUGAUCUUCUCCCGGCUGGUUUCAUCGACACAACUACAAUACUUGUGCUUGCAAAUGCACUCUAUUUUGAAGGAAAAUGGCUUCACCCAUUUGAUUCCUCAAACAGUAAGAUUGAAGACUUUCACCUCCUUAAUGGAAGAACUGUCAAUGUUCUCUUCAUGAUUAGCUACCCUAGUAAGCCACAGUUCUAUGGAUCAUUUGAGGGUUUCAAACUUCUGAAGCUGCCAUACAAUUCUGGUCAAGACAGCAAACAAUUUUCCAUGUACAUCUUUCUUCCUGAUAAGAAAGAUGGCCUGCAAGAAUUAAUACAACACUUCACUUCAGAUCCGAGAUUGUUACAUCAGAAUUGGGAGCUUCAACAAGUGAAACUUUCCAAGAUUUAUAUUCCCAAGUUCAAGUUCUCUUAUGAGAUAGAUGCUAAGAAAAUAAUGAGAGAAUUGGGAUUGACUAUGAUUUUUGAGAAGAACAGGGAGCUCACAGAGAUUGUUGAUGGCUCAGAUAUUUGUGUCACAGAUGCAAUUCACAAGUCUUUUAUUGAAGUAAAUGAAGAAGGUACAGUUGCAACAGCAACGACAGUGUUUGCUUGUGCUGAGUGCUGCUUCCUUGCACCUGAGUUUCCUCCACCAAGUUUUGUUGCUGAUUAUCCUUUCAUGUUCAUGAUUAAAGAAGAGGUUUCUCAGAUUGUUCUUUUUACUGGAGCUGUAUUGAAUCCUCUCUGAUCAAAAGCCUUGAAACUUGUGAUCAUCUUCCAGCUGUGGAACGCCAAGCUGCGUUAUGAAACUUUAAUUGGUUGCUCAACAAAACCUUCUUUCAAAUGUUUCCUGUUUUGGUCAAUCAACCUGUUCAAUGUAAUAAAAUCAAUUAUGUAAUGAAAUAAUAAUAAUCUAUAUUAUUAUUAUUUUGAGUGUAUC